AGCCAACACAAAAGAUGCUCUGCUCCCUUUGCCAUUUCCAAAGGAAGUGAAUGAGAGGUAUUGCAGACAGCAAGAGAAAAACUGGAUCAUAUUGAAUGCGCCGGAGAAAAAUGAAGCCCAUUGUUCUUCAAUUUUUUGUUUCUGGGAUCCUAGCUAACAAUGUUUUCCCUCCCAGUUCUGGAAAUCAAUACUAUAAUAACAAUUGUGAUCACCUUCAGUAUCCCCUAGAAAGGAACCGUCCAAAUCAGCCCAGUCAAGGAAGAGGUCAAAAUCGAAAUGAGAUUGUGGUAGACAGUAAUUCCAAAUUUGCAUUCAGAUUCUUGAAGCUGGCUUCUUCCAGUGGAGACCAGAGGGACAAUUUAGGCAAGAAGAACCUGGUCUUUUCUCCCAUGUGUAUCUCAUCUGGGUUUGCUAUGCUGGCUUUGGGCGCCAGGUCACAUACUUUAGAUCAAAUCCUCAAAGGACUGACCUUUAAACCAACAGAGAUUGCAGAAAGAAACAUACACGAAGGUUUCCAUGAUCUCAUCUAUAUGCUGAACAGUGAGGACUCUGGCCUUCAUAUGGAAAUGGGGAGUUGUCUGUUUGUGCAAAACAAGCUGCAUCCACAACCAGAUUUCUUAUAUGGACUCAAAAAUAUUUACAGAGGAGAUAUCUAUAUGGAGAAUUUUAAGAACACAGCAGAAACCAUGCAACACAUCAAUAGUUAUGUUGAAAGGAAAACUCACGGGAAGAUUUCUAAGCUUGUGGAUAGAGUUGAUCCGAUCACUGAAAUACUAAUGGUUAGCUACUUCUACAUAAAAGCCAAAUGGAAGAAGCCUUUUAAUCCAAAGUACACUGUUCUGCGUGAGUUCUACGUCGAUCCUUACACAGUUGUGAAAGUGCCAACUAUGUUCCAGAUGGGCAUGUUUGAAAAUGGCCGUGACGACCAGAGGGCUUGCACAGUUUUGAAAAUGCCUUACGAAGGACAUGCCGAUGCAUAUUUUAUCCUUCCUGACAAAGGAGAAAUGGACAGGGUGAUCAGGAGCUUGUCAAAUGAAGCUGUGCAAGCUUGGAAGAGAAUACUCUUCAAGAGCUCUGUAAAUGUGUAUAUCCCAAAAUGUACAGCUAAGGGAGAGGUGAAUCUGAAGGACAUAGUGUAUUCCAUGGGGAUGGUGGAUGUCUUCACCGAGAAAGCCGAUCUGUCUGGAAUCACAGGGCAGCCUCAGCACAGGCUUUCUGGUGCCAUGCAUAAGGCUGUAAUGAUCAUAGAUGAGAAAGGAACAGAAGCAUCAGCAGCCUCUGCGAUGGAUCUGGUGCCCAUGUCUAUGCCAACUAUAAUUAAAAUCAACAGAGCUUUCUUAGUUAUUGUUGUUGACGAAAUGACCCACUGUAUUACCUUCAUGGCAAAGAUCUCAAACCCUGCUGAGAGCUAAAUAAGCAAAACACCGAUGCCUAUUAAGCUACAAUUAUUUCCUAAUCAUUUUGGCCUGAUCUAUGCUGAAUUGACUUUUCAUCUUUCCCACAUGUCCUCCAUGGUUAAACUGUAGAAUUGGAUUAUGUGAAGAGAGGAAAGGGGAAGCAAAAGUAAGCUAUGGGUAAAAUUGGAAGACCUCAUUCAUAAUACAUCUCAGUGUAGUGACUGCUGGUCUGUUCUGCAUACUGUUCAUGCUUAUUGCCUUGCUCAGCAGAUUAAUGCUCAGCACAUGGUUUACCUCCAGUCAAGUAAUAAAUGUUCCUGAUAUUGACUUGCAGUGGCAUAGAGAUACACCACACAGUAGUAGCUAAUUUGGGCAGGAAGCAGGUACACCAGAAUGCUUCGUAAGGCUGAGCAGCUGCCCUGUGGAGGAAAUUUCAAGGCAAAUGUGUUGUCUUGAAGGAUGCUCUUAAUACAUCUGCACUGAAUAUUUUUUCCAGCUCACUUUCCUCUUACUCUAGAUAUACUUCCUGGUGAAUGUAAAUAGCUGUUGAAUAAGGAGCUUCUUUAGAAUAUUUAUAUAGGUCUACAGCUACAAUCCUGAGCAAAUUCACAAGUGAGUAACUCCCACUGAACUCCCUCAGACUUACUUUUGAGUAAACAUGGUUAGGAUCACAUUGUGUGUUGUCGGUUCGCUUAUUUGUUUCUCCUCUAUCAUGUCAUGCUACUCUUAAUUGGUGCUUUGCUGCCUUUCUGUUUACACGGCAGCAAUAUGCAAGCUUUUAGUCAGUCUCCCUACAAAUGGGAAUUGUGGAUUACGGAAAAUGUUAUUUGUCUGAAAGGAACAUAUGUAGGAAAAGAGAACAUUAAUAAAAAUUAAAUUAACAGGUCCCAAUGUCCCUGGAUCCUUGUGGCCUGGAUAGCCCAGGCAAACCUGUUUCUCAUCAAAUCUCAGAAGAGAAACAGGGUCAACCUUGGUU